AUGCCACAUCGCAACUGCUCUAUUGAGAUCAACAACAACUCUGGUUCCUACACCCUUUCCAACCCAAGGGUGUUCACUGAGAGUGGCUGCUGUGAAGUUCCACUGCCACCCAUGGUGGGACCUUGCUCUACUGCCAGUGCUUUGUUCAACAAGACAUCCUGUGCUGCUACUGGAGCUGUGGGGGUCUUCACCUAUGAUCUGUUCAACCCUGACCUCAACGACUACAGCCAUAUCCUGGCUGUCAUGUUCUCCGUGCCCUAUGACCGAAACCUCUACUCCAACUGGUUCGCCGUGGGAAUCUUUGAUAGAGGCAACAACUGCGAUUACAACCUUUAUGAUAUCAUGUACAAUGGUGAAGAAAAUAACUUUGUUAGAGCAAAGGCGGAUGGCUCCUCUAUUUCUUAUGAGGGGGAUUAUGUUAUUGUCAGUGCAUCCAUGUCAGACUCAGGUGAAGCCGUCCUCAGGGUAGAUGUCAAUGAUACAGGAAUGUAUUAA